ACUCAGCUAAUGGCUGUUCAAAGCCAAAGUUAUGAGUCUCCUUUUCACCAGCACCUCUCACCAAGGUGACCUACAGUAUGAGGAACACACCUGCAAUUUUAUACCUGACCCGGGCAGGCUGUCUGCAGGCAGUAAUAGGCAGCAGAGUGGAACCCUGGUGGAGUUUUCUCCAGCCUCUCCUUCAAGCCCUGACACACAGCAGCAAACACAGCGAUGGUGGAGGGGAAACCAUACAGAUACGGGCUGAUCGUGGCCGGCCUGUGUGUGGUGGCUGUGGGCCUUUUUGUCAUGAGUCAGGAGCGGCCGCACAUCUACAUAACCAUGUGCAUCCUGGGAGUUGCCAUGGUGUGUUUAGGGACGACGUGGAGCCUGUGCCAGUGCUACCCUAAGGUCGUUUUGGCUCAGGUUCAGGAGAAAUGUCCAGAGGCUCAUUCUGCAGCAGAGGAUAAAAGGCCACCUGUGGUUCUACUGGAUGUCAAUGACCGGCGUCCAGGAAACGACAGACUCCUUUCCAAAGCCCAGAUGAGCCAGUAUCACAGCUGUCCAACAAUGCACCUGGUCGGAGACAAUCCAGGGAGUCUGUGCUGUGAAUGACACAAUACCAUGUGAAACACAGACUUUAUUUGGAAUCAUAGUCAAUGUAAUUAACAUUAAAAAACAAAUUAAACCUUUUUCACAUC